AUGCCGGUAAUUUCAUUUUAUCUUGCCAUAUUCGCCGCCACCACCGUUGCUCAGUUCGCCUUGGGCAUCACCUAUCGCAGACGGUCCUUAAGAACCGGCACGCUGCGUGGCUGCGCUCUCGAGAUCUUGAGCUACGUCGUCCGCAUCCAACUACACUACAACGACAGCCUCACACUUUAUUCUACUAGGAUAUCGGUCGCCGCAAACAAGACCGCCUCCAAUACCAUCAGUCUCUGUCCCUCGAAUCCGAGUGUGUCUGCGACAACCAAGACUGCCUCACAUCAUCUCACUCCCAGAGCCGUCGAAGUUGCGAAGCGCGAGAGUCACCAUUUCUUCGCCAUCAUGGCAUUGCUCCAUCUACCCACAGUGGUGCUGUACCAGGUCGCUCAACAACUGGUCGAUGAGGUCGGCGCCCAAUCCGCGUCUGAAGAGCGUGAUGUUGCACGGUCCACACUUCUGGCACUACGACAAACAUGCAAAGACUUUGCCAUCAUGGGAAACAUCAAAUCCGUGUUAUUCAGAAAGAUCAGCUUGCACGCCACUGAGGACAAUUUAAAUCAACCACGCCGAACCAAUAUCACGACCUUUGCCCAUUUUGUGCACGCCAUUGACUUCUACUCUUCCCCACUCCCCUUCGUUGCCGAUCUACCCACGUUCAAAACCAUGCUGCAUAUGCGGACUGUCAAUAUUGCGUCGCGAAAUAUCUCCCACAUCUGCCAUGAUCGUUUGUGUGAGGAGCAUUCGAAACAGCACAGACUUGGUCGGCAUGCCUGCGGAGAUAUUGACGCUGAUGCCAGCUAUGAAUCACUCUGGAGAUGUGCACAAAAAGACGCCGUCGUUGUUGGAGAUGGCGAUUUACAGAAGGCGUGGACUGGAGCAUUGUCGGCAUUCGAGAACGUGGAUGCCAUAUCCUUAAGAUCUUUGGUAGGACGUCACUGCGAUGAUGAUUGCAAAUCUGCGAUUGUGGUUCCGACGAACCACAACUGCUGCGGAUGGUUAGUCACCAUUCCGAGCUGUUCAAUGGGACUAUGUGGGGAUGUUCUCUUCAAAGUGGUUUUACAGGCUCUUGCAUCGACCGGACGAUUGAUCAAGACAUUUUCCCUCGCAUGUGAGCCCUCAAAGCCUUUCGGGACUGGGCGGGCCGACCCAUACUGGGACGAGCUCAGCCUUGAAGGGCUGGAACGCCUCAAGGUCCUGUACAUGGCUGAAGCUCAAGUCCGUCCUGUCGGGUUCUUCACCCCGUAUGAACCUUUCUCCCACGCCUUCCUGGAGAAGUCUCACCAUACGCUACAGCACCUCAAUCUGGCUGGAGAAAGCCGUUCGUUCCCUUUCGUUUGGCCGGUCCCCGAAAAGUUGGACUUUCCGAAGCUGCGCCAAGUAUCACUCCAAGGGAUCUCUUUCAGCGCCGGAGAUUUCGCAAAUGAUAUAACUCGCUUCCAGGCCUUGGAACGGGUUAUUAUAAAGGGAUGUUUCCCAGGUUUCGGUGAUGGAGACUGGCGACUCGUUUUUGACGCAAUUCGUGGACACCCAAAUAUUCUGCAUGUUGAGUUCGGCAGCAUCGAUACGCGCGGGGGCACGCGCGUGGCGUCCAUUCCACAGUGGAGCUUGACUUUUGAUCUGUUGGAUGAGGUUGAUGUUCAGCAAAUGACUGAUCCAGUUGAGGACUUGAGGCGAAGUCUGCGCCCUACCUGUCGAAGAAAGGAGACUGGGAUGACAUUCUCGAGAAAGUCUUUGUUUACUGGUGAAAGAAAACAUGUCGCUCCUCUGGCUUACCAACCUUAUGCGGGCUUGGUCGAGGAGUACGCUGGCGCCUUUCGUUGCAAGGAAGAUGGUCUUGAGGCUAGCAUGGAAGGAGGAGAUUAUGGGACAAGGCUAUCGUCAUGAAGCCAUGCUGGUAUUAGUUGGCUACGUAGGAUAGGGGAUGCCCAACGAGUCUAGGCAGCAAGUUUUGGUUGAAGAUGGCUCUUCAAAUGGAACUUACGGGGCCUGGUAGCUGAUCAUGAUUUGCAUAGAACUGCA